UCGGUAUUUGCCGGUCCGAUAUGCAAACCUUGCCCCUAUAUUGACUACUUGAGUGUAUUUGUGCCCUCUCGAGGCAUUCACCUGCGCCUUGUUGGAUUUUUUAUUUCAUUGGUUUGCUUGGCGCGAAAAUUAAACUUCGUUCAAACAUGCUUCCUUCCGUGUUGUUCUCCCUUGCGGUCUUCAUUCAGACUUGCGCGUUUGCCUAUGCGGGUGGAACCACAUCCUUCGCGUCCGUGCUCUGAUAUCAUUCUCUCUUCCAUGUAGUCUCAACAGCAGUUGAUGGAAACGACGACCGGAGAUGCUCCGUUUUCCGUAGACCUUUCCGCCCUUGAAAGUGCAGUAUAUUGUCCCAAUGGCAUCCGCAAAGCUGCUGGAGGCGUUGUGCUUCUUGUUCAUGGAACCGGUUCAACCGGAUAUGAAUCAUGGGCGAACGGCCCAUAUGGAGUGUACCUUCCUUGGGCUGCUCCCGGAUUCGAUGUCUGUUGGGUGGAUCUUCCCAGAAAUUCACUUAUCGAUGCACAAGUUUCUGCUGAGUAUAUCGCCUACAAUAUCCCCCUAUUAGCGGCGAAGAGCUCCACAGGAAAGGUGUCGAUCAUUGGCCACUCACAAGGGGCAGGUUUAAACCCUCAAUGGGCACUAGAUUUUUGGCCAUCUAUUCGUCAAUAUGUCUCCGACUACAUCGCACUCGCAGGAGACUUUCACGGCACACUGGAAGGCCCGGUUUCUUGCUUAUCCCAGGAUUUACUGCAUAGCGGCUGUUAUCCGUCCGUCGCACAACAGACAGCGGGCUCUAAGUAUUUGGAAGCCCAAAAUGAGCGUGGUGGUUCAGCAUUGGUGACCACGACUAGUAUCUACACCCGAUAUGAUGAUGUUAUUCAACCCGAGGUCGUUAAUCCCACUUCUGUGCUUCCUGGAGCUGCAAACCUCGCUUUACAAGAUCCUGCAUACACACAGACCUUAACGUGUGUGGUCCUCUGCACAAAGUUGAUCACUUUACUAUUCUCUUCGACCCUGCAGCCUAUGCUCUCGCAUAUGACGCUCUCACUCAUGACGGACCGGCUUCAACCUCUCGUUUUAACGCGAUCAAAUAUUGCAGUUCUUUUGUAAACAACACUGCCCUGAACCCGGCGCGCGGUCCUGAUGAAGUGCGAAGCUUUGUUCUGGGCAGUUUGAGGACUGGAGGUCUUUCGAAUGUUACGAAAGUCAAACAUGAGCCCCUCCUUAAAGAAUACGUUUGUGAUCAAGGGCAAGCAACCGUAUGCAACUUGUGAAUUUACUCGCACGAGGGAGUGCUCGUCUGGUCAAGGACAGGAUAAUUUUCACCGGACGUCCUAAUUCUCGCUACUUCCGUGUGCCGUUUCUUCAGAAACCUAUAUCGCUAAAAAGGCCCUCCAAAUUUGAUCAGGGGUCUCGCCCCUUUCGCUAAAACUCUAUGGUGGCCAUCAUGUUAUUACGGCAGCAACUAACUGCGAUUAUUGGUAGCACCAGUAUGCAUAGACCCCGGGUGUGCUGACGCAACUG